CAAAUUCCCCCACCUUUAUAACCACAUUAAUCUCCCUUUCCAUAACCAAACAUCCCUCUCUCUCUCUCUCUUUCUCUCUCUCUGUGAUGGAGAACUACACAACAUUAUUUUCUUGUUCAUCGUCUUCAACGCCACCGGUUUCUUCCUUGUCACUGAACAUGGCAGAUCAUUCUCAUGCUUACAAUGAAUUCCAAGGUAGCAAGUCAAAUGGGUUCUUGGGACUGAUGUCGGAGAUGGAUGCUCCUGUUUCAAACAUGAAUGUUCCUCAUGGUAGAAGCUUUGUGGGGUCCGAAACUGAUGCGAAACUAGGGAAGAAAAAGGGAGAGAAGAAGAUAAGAAAACCAAGAUAUGCCUUUCAAACAAGGAGCCAUGUCGAUAUACUUGAUGACGGCUACAGAUGGAGGAAAUAUGGACAAAAAGCUGUGAAGAACAACAAAUUUCCGAGAAGCUACUACCGGUGUACACACCAAGGUUGCAACGUCAAAAAGCAAGUUCAGAGACUAACUAAAGAUGAAGGGACCGUCCUAACAACUUAUGAAGGAAUGCAUUCGCAUCCAAUAGAGAAGUCUACUGAUAACUUCGAGCACAUCUUGACCCAGAUGCAAAUCUUCACAUCCUCCUAUUAAGGGCUUAAUUAGAAACUGCAGAGACGAUGACGAAUCUUGUAAAUUCUGUACUUUUAAAUAAAUAUUGCUCGUAAUAAGAAAGCCAUCGAUUGGGGAUUACCGUUGGAUCCUUU